AUGAUAUUGAAUGAUAUCUAUGAUGAAAUUUGUAAUAAAAAACAACACCGCGCGCGAACAUUUUUUAUUUUUCAAUCAAGUGAGAAGAAAUUUGAUUGUGUCAAUAACAGAAAGAUAUGUUAAUUUUUGUCCUUCGAAGGGAAUUAUAAACUCGCUAAAUCUUCAAUUGACAAUACCCAAACGUAUGAUAAAUAUAAACGUUACGUAUUUGUUUAAUUUAUUCAGUUCCACGUCUGACCACUCGGCGAUAGGAUAGUUGUUGCAAACGUAGGUGCUCGGUUAAUGAAGUGAUUAUCAUCGUCGACGUUUCCAGUUGUGGUCUGGCUACCAGAAGGGUAUUACCGGUUUGUGAUAACGUCUAAAACGUUGUUGAGCCAGAAUAACUUAAGUUGCAAUAGUAACUAAACUAAAUUUGUCGAAUAAGAAAGUGUUUUAAGUAGAGAAGAAUGUGAACACACGCGUGUGUUUUCCAAUAAACGAAUAAACGUGUAAUAGAAAGCAACACGUUUAUUAUUUUAUUUUCAUCUUUUGAUUUUUUUGAAACAAGCAAGAAAACAAGAAAUUACGUCGACUUGUCUCUACGUAACAGAGAAGUGAGAUCUAACCGAUAAAUAUUAUCGGUUGGAUAAAUUUAAUUGCGAACGAAGUUUGCCUUUGGCCCUGACGAGAAGGUGAAGGGGAGAGGAGGAGGGAAUCGAAGUUUUUUCUCUUGCAUCUCAUAUCAGGGCAUAUCCGUCGUUUGUUUCAUCGGAUGCAAAACUUGCACACGAGUACAGAUGAUCGCGUUGUUUUUUCUUUUUAUUGUACGCAACUCAAACGGCUUGUCAAAAGAAGAGAUUGUCCGUUAGAUAAGUGUGGUUUUAAGAUUGCUGACUCGUUCGUCGACUUACAAUUAGAUGUAUCUAAUUACGUACCGUAAAAUUCAAGGAGAACAUUUUUGAAGUGUCCAUGUAUGGAAUGUAACAGACUAUAAAUGAAAAGUUUCGAAACGGGUUAUGUAUGUACCGUGGUAAAGAAAUCUACUGAAUUUUGAUAAACACAUUUUUUAUUUUUAUUUUCCCCCUCUGAUAUAAUUCAAACGAAUAAUAAAAACUAUAUUUCGAUUUUAUACAAUUUUAAUGCAAAAUUUAGUAACAAACAAUUAUUAAACAUGAAUUGCAAAGUGAUACCAUUGAAAAAUCAUUCGGAGAUAAGUUAUCGAGUGAAAUGCGUAGCUGUGGAAAACGAAAAAGUAUUCGGCGAUGUAUUUGUAACCAAUCGAACGAGAAAUCUCGAUUAUUCUUCGAUCGGUUAUCCUUAUUAUUCGGUUUACAAAGCGAGAAAACGUAAUUUGAUUGAACAAAAAUUAGAAGGUCCGGAUUUUAUGGAAUUGAAUAAAAAAAUGCCAAUUAGAAGAGCUAGUGAGUGUAUCAUUACAUCUUCGUCGAUGAAAAAACAAAUGCGUAGAAGCAAAUCUAUGGAUAGUAAUUCAACAACAACAACAACGAAUACACAACGACAAUUAGAAAUGGUCAAUACGAAAAAUGAUCAUUUUUUUAAGAGUCCAAAGAAAUAUCCAGCACCAUUGGCGAUACAAGAUAACAAACAGGAAGUACGAGUUUGUUCUCUGGUGGAUAAACUAUUACUGGACAUUUAUGGUUUUCCAUCCGGUAGUCGUUCCGAAAGCGAUUCUACAGCUUCUUCGUCCUUGAGACAACAUCCACAGCACCAAUAUUUACAAAAGACUCGUCUCCUAUUGAAAAGUAAAACGGAGUUGCAAGUAUUGAUAAAAAUUUUGCACGACCACAUUAAUCAUACAGGUGGAUUGUUAGUUCGUCAAUUACGAAGGAAGGAUUAUUUAAUUGUAAAACGUGAUAAACAGUGUGACAUCAUAACCGCUAAUUUGCAAGCUCAUAGUGCGAAAAGAAUCGAAGAUACGAAGAUGAGAUUUAGCUUAACUCCUCAACCCGGGGAAAGUGGAUUUCAACAAUGGUUAGAUGCUAUGAAAAUGGUAGCACGUUUGCCAGGAGGCAUACCAGCGGAAUUUCGAAAAAGACUUUGGCUUACACUGGCGGAACGUCAUCUGGAGCAAAGAGGUGUAGAUUGGAAGCAGGCUGAAAAGGUCUGCUUUAAUGAGUGGAGUAAUCCUGACGACGAGGAGCUUGGUAUACAAAUUGUAAAGGAUCUUCAUAGAACAGGAUGCAGUUUGUUUUGCGGUGCAGCUGGACGUGACAAUCAAGCUGUCCUACGUAGAGUUUUGCUCGGUUUCGCACGAUGGAACAAGUCGGUCGGUUAUUGUCAAGGAUUGAACGUAUUGGCGGCACUGGUUUUACAAGUCAUGGAUCGUGCAGAAUCAUCGGCCGUGAAGGUGAUGAUUUAUCUAAUAGAAGGUGUACUACCUGAGGGUUACUUUGCUGACAAUCUUCGCGGUCUUUCCGUCGACAUGGCCGUUUUUCGGGAUCUUCUUCGUUCGAGAAUGCCUAAAUUAUCCAAACAUCUUGAAGUAUUGCAAAGCGACGCUAAAGACAAAGCAACAGAUAUGUUUUUUACAGGUAGCAGCUACGAGCCACCUCUUACGAACGUAUUCACCAUGCAAUGGUUCCUUACAUUAUUUUGUCAUUGUUUACCACAAGAUGCGGUACUACGUGUCUGGGAUCUCAUAUUUCUCGAGGGUGACCAAGUACUUUUAAGAACGGCUCUGGCCAUUUGGGAAAGUCUUUCCGAUCGAAUUAUGACCGUGACGUCAGCAGACGAGUUUUACAGUAUCAUGGGGGUUCUCACGAGAGAAAUGUUGGAAUUUACGGAUACGAAUAAUCUUAUAAAGAACAUCGUCAGUUUGGGACCAUUGCAUGGUGUGACAGGGCUAAGAGAAAAACAUAGGUAUAAUAUUACACCGUGGGCUAGAAAAUUAAGUGACGAUGAAGAUAGCGAUACCGAAGAAGAUGAAAGAUUAGCCGUUGCUGCUGCUAUGUUUAGUAUGGCACAAAAAUUGAAGAAAGGUGAACUUUUGAGUGAACACAUUUCCUCAACGAUGGGAGCGAUACAAGCGAUGGCUCCUGGCAGUGAUCGAGAACGUCUAGCUUUGGACAUCAGUACGUUGAAACAACAGUAUGCUAAGCUUCGAGAACGACAACGGCAAGCUCAUAUUAUACUAUCCGCCGCGUGUGCGAGACAAUCGAUGGUACCUCCUCCCACUUCUCAGGCAAUGAAUCACCUGUUAGUCGGUAAGAAUGCCCUAGUCAGUGGAAAAAAUCGUUCGCUAGGUUUGUCUUCUGGUACGACCCCUUCCAAGACGAGGCCCGUCGUUCUUCACAGUCCACGAGCUCAAAGUAAAAAGGAAAGGCAACAACAAGUUGUCACGUUGCAUUGGAAAGACACGAAAAGGCAGAAACACAAAUUUGCUGAGGCAGCUGCCGAGGCUACGGAAUGCAAGGAGAAGUCGAUACAAUCACCGGAGGAGACGACGACAACAACGAUGACGACGACGAUGACGACGACGGAUGAGCAAACGUCACCAAAAAGCGGCGGGACCGUAGACAGUGACAGCGAUAGCACGUCGACGGAAUUAUGCGACGAACCUGAUCGAUUCAGUGACGUAGACAGCGAAGAACUGACGUCAGCUUCAGACAAUUAUUACGUCAUGGCGGGAGAGGAAGAGGGGGUAGGGGAAGAAGAAAAGGGCGGGAAAGUCGAGGGGUCUUCGACUUCAGGGAAUUCGCCCGUUCGUUCUUUAUCCCGUGACGUAACGACUGGUUCCCGUGAUGUCAUCAAGGAAAAUAGUCCCGAUUUAACGGAAAUUUCGAUAGCUAAGAUAACCGAUCAAAUAAGAAGAUUAUCGGCUGAAGAUGACAAUAAUACGAUGGUUCCUCAAACGUUUUUAAAAAAUGAAAGCAAGAAAGAAGACGACAGUUUAAAGGUGAAAACGUUGCUAGAAGUCGAUCACGUUAAAUCUUUUAAGUGUCAAAAUGGUCUUGACGAUGAAAAUGAAUAUUCGGGUUCGUACGACAAUCGUGAUUAUUUCAAAUUAAAUUACGACGAGUCAAAAACAAAGAUUUAUAUUACGGAUGAGAAAGACAACGAAACUAUUAAAAGCAAAAAGGACGAUGCUGACACGGAGAUAAUGAAGGAUCUUAGAUCGAUGACAACAACAAUUGCGAUUGGUAAUUACGAUGAUAGUAGCAGGAGGAACGUACCUGGCUCAUCAUCCGACGAUGUUCAUGAUUUCAUUUCCAAGGAAACGAUCAUCAAUUCGGAUAUUGUUUCUAAAUACGAUACCGUCUCUAUGAUAAAAGGUUACGAUAAGCAAAACGAAUAUUCGGAUAAAAAGGAUAAACUUGGUCAGUUAUCUUUGGAUUCUUACAAGACUGAUAGAUCACCGAACGAGUUUGAUAAAAAAUUUGAAAGAUCUAUGGAUAGUUAUAAAUCUAUCGAUUUGAAAUCACCGGAUAAAAAGGUGAAACUUGAUUUUGAAGUUUCGUUGGAUUCUUAUAAAUCUAAAAGUAGUCUGUCGGUUGACACGAAUGAGACGGAUUUUCAAGUAUCCUUGGAUUCUUAUAAAUCAUUGAAAUCGUCUGAUAUUAAUGAUAAACCCUUCGAGACAUCUUUGGAUACUUACAAGUCGUUAAAUUCAACGGAUAAAAAUGAUCAACGGGUCGAGGAGUCUGUUCAUUCUUACGAAUCUUUAAAGUCACCAGAUAUUAGCGUUAAACGAUUCGAAACAUCUUUGGAUUCUUAUAAAUCUUUAAAAUCACCAGAUAAAAAAGACGAGAAACGUUUUGAAACGUUUUCUUUAGACUCUUACAAAUCUUUGAAAUCAUUGGACACAAAUGACACAAGCCUUGACGUAUCGUUAGACUCAUUAAAAAAAAGUAUGGACACACUGGAAACAAAAGAUAAAUCAUUUCAUUGCGAAACGUUGUUGAAUUCUUACAAAUCAUCUAUCAAAUCACCAAGCAAAUCGCCGAUCAAAUCACCGAUCAAAUCACCGAUCAAAUCGCCAAUCAAAUCGCCAGUCAAAUCACCGGAUUCGAAGGAUAAAAGUUACGAAAGUUCUUUUAAGUCUUACACAAACGUUUUUCCCCAGAGUCCCCAGAGAAAAGAUAUUACGUUGGAUUUUUCAUCGACUCAUUCGAUGUUCUCUAAACAAAGUUUUUACACGUCGAAAACAUACGUUGGUCAUCUUCCAAUUUCACCGAUAACCGUAGAUCAUAAAAUAAAAACGUUGAAUCAAGUAUCUUAUGAUACUAACGAUGACACAAUCCAAGUUGCGACGUUAGAUGUUAGUAAAAAUACGGAUCACCCGUUAGACGGCAAAUUACAAAGCACACAAAGCGUUAAAUCUUAUAUAGAAACGAAUAAGAGUCCUAGAACGCCGGAAAGUUCAAAGUCAUUCAGUUCGGGUGAAACAAUGGGUCCGGAUUCAAAGGGUUCGAGUUUGACCAUCAGUCCAAGGACACCGGUUAAAUCGGUCUCUCGAGAGUUCUCAGCGGACAAGUCAAUAAGUUCCUCGAUAAGUUCGGAUACGAAAACCCUGGUACUUUUAUCUACAACCGAAUCCGACGUAGCAAGAGAGAGUCCAAGAUUGGAUGAAAAAAAAUCGUCCUACGAUAAGUCGAGUCCUUCGACGCCAUUUAGUACGGACUCGCUCAAGUACAAAUCAGAAUCGAGUCCAAAACUCAUCAUAAGCAGUUGCUCCAGUGACUCUUGCAGUCCGAGUAAAAUGAAGUCUUCCGAGAGGUCCUUCAGUUCGGACCUUCGAUCGCCUAUAAGUGCCAAUUCAAUAAAAUACACUUCGAACUACGGCAAACGAGGUCAAGAUAAUAUUUCUGACACGUCCAUCGAUCUUAGCACGGCCGUCUCGCCGUUUUAUCCGAUCUCAAAUCCAAAUCGAAAGACUCCGUCGCCGUACAGUGUUUCUAGACGAAGAUGUAGCACGGAUAGCGCGGACACAUCACCCGAACAAAGAUUAUCCGUUUCCAAAGAUUCGAACAAAUGUUCGAGUAGUAAUCGAAUUCAUUUGGAUUCUGUAUCUUUGAGGAUAGAAAAUAGAGAGGAAAAUACAGUUUUGAAGAAAAAUUCGUCCUUGAAUGUAUUAGAAAGGGAUCGUGAGCAAAAGGAUCGGGAGAAAAGUGAUUCGAAUUUAUACGAAUUCGGAUCUAAUUCGAUUUUGUACAGAAACGAGAAUAAGGAAGAUUCUAUUGAGAAUAACGUUGACGAACGGUUGGCCGAGACAGAUACGGUAUCACAGUUGCCUUGUGAACAAUUGAACAAACAUUUCAUGAAUCUUAAUUGCAGGCACAAGGAUCGCACGAAAUUCAUGGAAAGAAGUUCCAGCAGUCUGGAUCGAAGGUUCGCAGAUUUGAAAUCUUCGGCAUCUACGGACGAACUAUCAACGUCUAUCGCAAAGAAAAGAUCGAGUGAUAUAUUGGAAGACAUGAAGCAUUUAGAGGCAAAGGCAUUUAGCGAUGGACCAUCUGAUAGUGCUAUACUUAGUAAGAAGACCAGUUACAUAUGGGAGGAUUUCAAGAAUCUCGAGGCCAGACGACAAGAUAAUUUCAGUAAUUCGGCAAGUAAUUUUUCGAGAAAUCGAUUGGAUGUCACUGAUAUAACCCAAACGUCUUAUAAUUUAACUAACGUAGAUUCUAGAAAAUCUUACGUUGUACGACCAAAGAUAAAUAUAGAUGAGGGUGUCGAUAGUAUUUUAAAAACGGUCUCACUUAACAAGUCUAUCGAUAAUGACAACAACGACGUGGACAAACGUGAGGACGAUGACGACGGUAGAGAAUCCAAAUUAGGUGUUUGGACUAAGGUGAAACCUAGAAAGAAGGGAAACAACGGUAGGAGAAGUAGUGACAGAGCAUUGAAAAUAAUUCAAGAAAAUUCGGCGAUACUUCAAAAGAUUCUAGCGUGUCAAGCAAAAAAACGUUUACCCGAUUUGGAAGAAAUAUCAAAGGAGAUAACGAUAAGUCCAAUUAAUGAAGAAAUCUCAAAGAUAUUCAGUCCAAUAUUGGAGAAAAUGGGAUUAAAUGAGCAUGAGAUAAACGAGGAAUUGGCGCGAAUUAAUUUUCAUGAUUUUGACAAUAUGACGGGUACAAGCGUGUCCGAAUUUGAUGCUAAAAUCAACGAGGAACUCACAAAGUUGUCGUUGAUCGACGAGACUGAACGCAUUGAAGAUCUUGACGUGGAUGAAAUUAUAUCUCACAAAUAUUUCGACACGAGAGAGGCUCUGAUAGAUCGUAAGAUUAACGAGGAACUGUCGAAACUUUUGGCAAACUAUGAGGAAGAGCCAAGAUUGAGCGUUGCUACAUUGGAAAAGGGUUCCUCCAGUCAAAACAUCAGCGAUACCGAAGGUCUCGAUUUGACCAGCAUCUCAACUAAUGUUUUUUCCUAUAAAUCAUCAAACGAUUCUAUCGAGACGAGAAGUGAGCAAGGUUCUCUUCAAGAAACAUCGAUUCAAAACGAAAGAUUUCCUCAAUACGCUCAACCAACUUUACCUUAUUCAACAUCGACCUACGUGAGAUAUCUGUCACCCAAAAGUGACAUAGAUAUUUACAGAGAAUUAGAAAAAUUGGACAAGAUAUCCUCGGCACAGGUGAUUCCUGACACACCAUUGGACAUUUCUCCAAAAACCUUGUCACCGGUUGCGGUUACCUACGUUACUAAUGCAUCCCCAUACGCUUCAAACGUAUCCACUCCUAUUGGAUAUCCAUCAAAAAUCAUGUCAUCGUUCGAUACUUCCCCGUUAAAAACUUCAUACGAUCCUUACAAAAGUUUCGAUUAUAAAAGUAAUUUAUCACCAAGAAGGGUACCAAGUAAUCCAUAUACCCCACGUCCCUACGACAAUACGGUAGAUUCUAAUUUUGAAUAUUACGAUCGUGAAUCUCUUACGAUCUGUACUAAUUCUCCUUAUGACGUUCAUUUGAAGAGUCCUAUUAUGACAAAAGAAUCAUUGGAAUUUCGCGUGAGAUACGACAACGAGUCACCUCAACGAAAACUCAGCGACGAAACAACAUUCGGUUUGCCGAUUGAGAACAAACAAAUGAAUAUAGAUAAAAGUGUUAUGUAUUUUGGCGAUGAUACUAACAAAAUUGUUACUCCCAACAAGUCGGCUGGAAAAGAAUCGAGAACUCACGAUAUCGUUUCUAGUUCUUAUCUCGAUUAUUCGAGUGAAAGUUCGAAUUUGUUACGUCGAAAAUACGAUCAACCAUCACCUGCGAGAAAUUAUAUUCAUGAGAAAAAUCUUGAAUAUGAUGGUGUUUUAUCAGGCAUGUUAGAAAACGAAUCAAACUCGGUAACCUAUUUGCGUGAUUAUCAACAAACACUUUCUCCUAAUCGACGAUUCGAUCAACCCUUUACACCUACCAUUAAUUAUCUAGGCACAAAACUUUCACCAAACAUUGCUGACGAAACAAAUCGACCUAUUUCUAAUCCCGACUUUCCAGACAAAAUGACUAUUACCGGACAAUACACCGAACAACCUAGCAGAGGUUCCAGUUGUUACAAAAAGUCAUCUUUGAGUUUGGCCAAUUUAGGAAGAUCUAGCAAAAAUGGUGAAGAUAAUUUGAACUCAACGCCUAGUCCAAAGGCACAAUUCAGUCCGUUUCCAGUAAAGAAUACGUCGAAGAAACCGAAAGAGUUAGGUCUUAAAUUAGGCCUUUAUUCGCCGAAAAAUUCGCCUAGUGGACCCUUGAGAAGAUCGUAGUGGAUAGCAUUGUUCGUCACUUUUACCUUUGCUUUUAAGGUACACGUAUUUAAAUAUACGUUAAUGCAAUAGUUCUUUUUUUUUUUUAAGAAACACCAUAGGCUGAACGAUGACGAGUAUGCCUACAUACACGAUAAAACAAAAAGAUCAUGUGUUGUUAAUGUCCAAAUGCGAUGUUUUAUAUACCUCUUCGACGCAUACUUUCGCAUAAGUUGUUUUUAUUGUUUUUUUUUUUUUUCUAAAAAAUUGACAAGCGCGCCUAAAGCUGUCCUUUCUAUAAGUACUUCUCAUUUUCUGAUAGUAUAUAAAUAUAAAUAUAAAUAUAAAUAUAAAUAUAAAUAUAAAUAUAAAUA